AUGUCAUUCCGCCCUUCGCCUCUACCCCUUCAAAGCCUCGCACAUCGACCCCUUCACCUCACCCCAUUACCUACUCGCGCGAGAGCACAUCUGCUUUGCGCAAGAAGUUACCACACUCUUUCACAUACCAUUUGGGUACAGCUUGGCGAAGCUGUGGACCCCGUCGAGACGAGUGACAAGAGGGGGGCGUUCCCAAGAAGAGAGGCGGGGCGGCUGCAAGGAUCGCAGUGGGGUCGAGUGCCUUGCGUCUCCGUGUGGCCUAGGCUCACAGACUUUCAAUCGUCGCAGCAUCAGACGAAGUUUGAUUUCGCUCAGAUGCUAAUUUCAUCAUAUAUGAUACCCCCAUCACGACGACUGCCAUGUACUAAUCCUACGAUGGCUACUAAUAAGCGUAUCGGUGUCCCAAGCCCUUCUUUUUCUCCCGGUUGCCUCGUUUGCGCACAUCUCCGUUUCCUCAAGCUCAGCUUUGACUUGGUACCAGCAGAGGCGGGCUGGUUGUGGUACAAGGCAGGAGAGCAGGAUUGGGAUCCGGAAAUAUGGGCACAGUACUCGCCCGAGAUUAUUGGUCGGGCGGUCGCUUGGGCGUGCGGCGGUCAGGCGGGGACAAUAGGGAUCCUAAAGGGAGAAGACAUGGCGCAAGAUUACAAGAGGAGAAGCGGGGCGGAAACGAACUUUGCGCGUUAUCUGCGCCAGCAGAUAUUUGAGUAUGGGCGGGAGAAUGGUCUCACCAAGGCGGAGGCGAAAUCUCGAGCGGAUAGGGCCAAGAUUGGGUCUGGAUCGAGGACGGGGUGGGUGGCCUCAAUGAUGCACGGAUGGACGGCAAGGGAGAUGAAAAGGCGUUGGAAUGGGGUGAGAUGGGGAUUAGAAGGGGGGAUCACCAGACAGGACGUGCCGUGCGAAAAGGAAGGGCAGUGCUUCUGGACCCGGGCUCGAGGCGAUUUCUGCUGGGAUUGUGCAGAGGCGUUCGAGCGAGAGUCGCAGGAGUGGGUGGCGGCGGGUGGGGAUGCGUUGGUAAAGGGAUGUAUGUUGAUAGCGUUGGUAGGGGCAAUCAUGGGCGGUGCUCGUCUCGUUAGGUGGGGCAGUAGAUUAGGGUGGGGAGGUGGUUCAGGCGCGAACAGAGGUAGGCCUUUGCGAGAAGAAGGGCGAGGUACAGCGGGCGAUUCGGAUCCGGAACCCGCACUCCCCUUCGAGAUCCUCGGCGUUGUCGUCGUCCACCUCGCUCGCACCGAUCUGGCGCUGUGCGCUCGCUCUUCGCGCUCUCUCUAUCUCCUGGCUACACCCCUGCUAUAUCACACCCUCGACAUCGACCUCUCCCACUCCAUCCACCCGCUCUCGAAUGAUCCCUCACUCGGCGCGCCGGCGGUUCGGCAGUCCCGCUCGUCCCUCGUCGGCCUUCUCAUGGCUCCCCUCCUCUUCCCCAUCGCUUCACCUAUACCACCCAUCUCGCACUCACCUCACAUCGCGGCCACCUCUGCCGCGACCUCCCUUUCCCCCUCAUGCCAAAUCUACACCCCCCCCACAAUCAUCCCUAAUCGGACACACGAGCACCUCAACCUAUGCGACUGCGCCAAUACCCAUCCUGACCAGAGGCUCUCUACCGGACAGGAUGAGCUUCAGCCUACUCCCAAAUGCAACUCCGACUCGGAAAGUCGCUGCUCCAUCAUCGCUGAGCUUCGUCCCCGUCGGCUCAUCGGCGGUCUCACCACCGGUGCGGAGCGCGGGACUAUCGAGCACUCUACGUUUCUACGGGAUCUGCCGUCCACGGUCGACAAGCUCAGUAUUGUCAUGUCGCCCUGGACCGAGGCGGAUCGUCUUUUACGCGAAUCCGAGCUGGAUGAUCGGGCGUUCGGCGAGUACGGGCUCUACAAUAUCCGCACGGCGGGGGAGCGGAUCGCGCAGGCCUGCGUGGGCGAUGCGAGGGAGGUUGAGCUGUUUGGGGCUUGGAUCGGGCACGGUGAAGAGGGGGAGGAUGAUCCUUGGGCCGAGAUGAAGAGGGAGGCUAAGGCGAGGUCCGAGCAGCAAUUACGAGUGGUGGUGAGGGCGGAGCUGGAGAAGCGGGGGACGAGUGCAGAGGAGGCGGUGAAGCGGGCGGGGCUGAUCAGAAUGACGGGGGAGGAGGAGUUUGCGGGCCGGGUGGGGAACGAGUGGUUCAGGCGGGAGCUUGGAGGAUGGACGGGACAGGAGUUGAUGGAUAAACUGGAUGAAGAGUCGAAGCUUUGA